CGCCCACAGCCACAAUCACGGCCUGAGAGAGAGAGAGAGAGAGAGAGAGAGAGUAAUACUCAAGAGGGAGAAAGAGAACCAUGAGUAGUUUUCUUCUGGCAAAGAAAACCCACUGAUUUUCAUGCACAACCCUCUUUAACAAAGCAAUUACAGUGGGCUUGUUAUCAAUUUUACAGAAGCUGAAAGGUGAAGAAGAGAGGAAAAAUAUGAUCUUUUUAGUGGGGGGCAAAGAAAAAGUGUGCCCACUAUGAGUUAAAAGGCAUUGAGAGAGAGAGAGAGAUCACUCUUUCUCUUACUCAUAUUUUAUUUUAUUUUUCUCUUCAGGUACUGUCCCUUGUCUGCAUGUAGUGCAUUGAUUCUUUAUGAUGAAAACAAUGAAAAGAGAGCAGUUCUUGCUGAAUUAGUAAUAGUUGGCAGGGGAGGAAACAAACAAAACAGAGAGGAAAAGGAAACACCCCCCCCCCCCCCCGAAGGAAAAAAAAAGGGGAAGGAAAGAAAGAGUGAAAAAAGAUAUAGAAGCUUUAUGUAAUCUAUUUUGUUUGGAUGUGUUAAUGCCUAGUACUGAUGAUGACUACUGAGAUGGGUUUUGAAUGUCGGUUCUAAGAGUGUAGAGAGAGGGUUCCUCCGGAGGAGAAAAAUACUGAAUAAUUACUAGAAAUUGAGGGGAAAAAGCUCAAGAAUUUGCUCUUUUCCUUCCUAAUCUCUUUCUCUGUUCAAAAUUCAGUGUGUUCUAUGAAUCUUUUGGUAGUUAAACUGUCGUAGUUAGUGUUAAAGGUAGAGUCUUUCAUUGUAUUCAAGGCUUGAAUCAUUGAACCUGUUAUUUCUACCAUAAAGUUUUCUUGGAGGUGGUGUUUUUGCAUCUUUUUGCAACAGAGGGGAACUUUCAGGUGUGUUCUUGUUUCUUAGUGUGUGUUUUUGUGUGUGAGAAGUGUUUGAUUUUUAUGCGUGAAGUGGAAAGUUGAUAUCUAUCACCUUUAUUCUGUGUACGGAGGAGUGAUUUGGGUUUAGUUCUUGAGCUGGAGAUGGCAGAUUAUGGCUCUUCACAAUCUCCUAAGGGGGAUUGUAGACAGCCCAGUUGCUCAUAUUUGUGUUCACCUAGGUUGUGCACUGGUUUUCUCUCAAAGGGUUGUAGUGACACUGAACUGAUCAGUCUAAGUAGUCCAACUUCAAUUCUUGAUAGCAAACCAUUUUCUGCUGUCAAAAACCCCUUUUGGUCUGAUAAAAACACACCCAAAACUCCCAAACAAGAAUGUAAGAAUCUUUGGGAGAAAUUGGACUCAAGAAGGGUUGGUCUUGGCCUUGUGGAUGCCCUCAUUGAUGAGAAAUCUGAACCGAAUUCGUCGAAAUGCGAUAGCCGGAUUAUUCUUUUUGGUUCACAGUUGAAGAUUCAAGUCCCUCCCCUGCAUCUUUCCCCUAAUGAGUCACCAAAAUCUCCUUGUGAUUUUGGGAUCAAGAGCAGGCAUCCUCAUGUGGGUUCAUUUUCAUCUGGAUUAUCCCCUUCUACUGUGAGGAAACCUCCAUGUGGUUUUUCUAGCCUCUCUGCUAGUGAAAUGGAGCUCUCAGAGGACUACACGUGUGUGAUAUCCUAUGGCCCGAACCCGAGAACUACCCAUAUAUUUGAUGAUUGCAUUGUUGAGAGCUGCUGUGGGGUUGUGAAGAUCUCCGAAUCAAGAAAAGAAAACAGGUCGUUGUCGGAUCAACCGUUGAGUUAUCCAUCCGAGAGGUUCCUCAGUUUUUGCUACAAUUGCAAGAAGAAUCUUGGACAUGGGAAAGAUAUUUACAUGUACAGGGUUGAGAAGGCUUUCUGUAGCAGCGAAUGUCGUUACAAAGAGAUGAUGCUCGAGGAGGAGGGGACAGGAACCUCGGAGGCAGACUAUGUUUAUGGUACUUCUUCAUGACACCUAGUUAACUUGCCUCAUCAGGGUAAUAUUUACGUUAUCCCGAUAAGUUUUUCAAAAUCAUUGUUGCUCGUUCCAUGAGGUGAACUGCGCUCAGACACACAUAAAUGAAUGAAAUUAAGAUAGUAUAAUGUUCCAUGAUUUGAGUUGUUUUGGUGUUUUUACGUAGUCUUUGUUGUAGAUGGACUUCAAAUCCAAGAUUUUGGGUUUGGUUUUGUCUGAAAGAAGGAUGGAUGUGUUGAGUGAUUGGUAUAUUAUGUUCUUGGUGUUUGAAGUUGAUAGA